UAUAUAAAUAUAUUUAUAGAAAAAAUUAAACACUUUUAAAAAAAAAUGUAUCAAUAAUUUUUAAACCAAUAAAAACGAACUUAAUGCUUAGGCUUAAUAUUGUGUGAAACGAAAGACGGGAAAAAACUUAAAGGCAAUAUCAAUUUUUUUCUUUCGGAAAGUAUGUAAGAAGAAGAAGCAGACAGGCAAAAAAAGUGAAAAAAGUGUACAACCGGAGGCGACCAAGUGUAAAGAAAAGGUAUUUAUCAUUUUCCACAGAAUUGGUAAAAAUGUAGAUGAAAAGGCAAAAUAAUUACUUGCAAACAAAAGAAAAUACUUUAAAACCAAAGAUAUCAUUGAAGUAAAAACGUGUCGACAUAAGAAAUCCGAGAAAAAAAGAGCUUGAUAAGCAAUUAUAAAAGAAAAGAAAAAAAGAACUCUUAACUCAGCAGGAAAUAGUAAUAUAAUAUAACAGCAAAAAGCAAAAGCAAGAAACCUAAAGCGUGAAAGCAAACAUAAAUGGUUUCUACUUUCAUAGGACUUUUGGAUAUACAAUCAUGGUGGGAGAUACCGUGUAUUUCACAUUUUUGUUCAUUGUUUAGUUCUGCAUUUGAUUUGCCUGAUAUUGAUAUUGAGGAUUUAGAAUCAGCUUUAUUGUCAGAUGGUACUUUGGCUGAAGAAGAUCAUAUUGCUUUAGUCCCAGAGCUUAUUGUACGUUUACUUAAAGGCUGCGAUGCUUUGCGUUCGGUAGCAAAAGAAAUUACUCACAGCAACUAUCAAAUGUUUUUGCGGCGUUACUUACGCCAACAGUGUCGUCUGCAUAAAACGGAAAAUCAUUUCGAUACCGAUAUUGAUUUUCAAUCGUUACCGGUACGCAAGCGCCUUUUGAUUUUAUAUGAUUUAUGUCAUUUUCGUUUAAACUCGUCGGAUGUGCAAGUGAUUUUAAAUAACUUGGAAGCAGAUAGCUUGCGAGUUGAACCGUUAGGUUACGAUUCGAAGAAUUCCGGUUAUUGGUAUUUUUAUGGUACACGUUUGUAUCGCGAGGACAAACCAGCUGGUUCUGUUAAUAGCUUGAAAUCGCAAUCGGUUUGGCAAGUGAUUUGUUUUAGUGAAGAGGACUGGCAGAACUUGGCAGCGAAAUUUAAGAGUUCCACGAAUCCUAAAGAAAAGGAGCUCUAUCAAAUAUUGGAUGAGAAUUUCCUGCCAAAAUUACCCCAGUUAUUUCGUGAACGCGAAAGAUUGAGAAGAAGGAAAUUAUUUCAAGUACGCAACUCGUCGCGCAUGCGAAAUUUGGCAGAACUGAAAAAUCGCCAAGAGCAAGAACGUUUGCAAAGAGAAAGAGAACGUCUGCAACAGCAACAGCAGCAGCAUCAACAGCGUUAUCAAUUCGAGCAGCCUUCCGUUAAACCCGCUUUUUUGCCUUUAACUACCUCAAUUACACAAACUAGAGCACGCAGACGAUCUCCGUCUACCUCAACAGCAAGUGGUAUAUCGACAUACGCAAGUUCUUUACGUCGCACUAUAACCACAAAUUCUAGCGAAUUUCUCGGUCAUCGAGAAACGUUCUGCUUAACAUCAGAAGACGAGGAGGAAGAAGAAGAUAAGAAUAGCGAUCUGCCCGAUUACGACGAUAACGAGACAAAUUUUAACGCAGCCGAAAAUAAUUGUGCAGAAUCUCAUACAGCGCAUCGUCGGGCGAUUCAGGAUAUAUCGCCUUUGACUGAAGAAGAUUUGAACUUAUUGAAGAAUAUCAAAUUAGAACCGGAAGACGACGAAGCGGCUAACGUCAGAGAAGUAUUAGAGUCGGUAAAUUCAGGUCAUAAUCACAGCUUUCAGAACGCCACCAAUAACAAUAUUUUAACGUCUGUACAUUUGUUGACACAUCAUGAUAAUCAAAGACAACAACAGUUACAGCAAAAACAUCCAUUUGUUGAAGACGAUGUGGUUUUAGAAACCAUAAACGAAAAGUUAACAAAAUCCAAUCGCAAUAAAACGCAUCAUCAUCACCACCACCAUCAUCAUCAUCAUCACCAUCAUCAUCAUAAGAAGAAGAAAUCGCAGAAAAAGCAAAAAAAGAGAUCCAAAGAGCACCAUCGCAGCAAACGGCAUAAGCAUGAAAAUAGCUUUAGUGCUUCAGUACAAAGUACAAACUACAAUAACAAUCAAAAUAUAAGCACGAUACCAAAUUCCAAUAGUAAUACAACGACAACAAUAGAAACCAGAAAUUUAACAAAAGCGUCGGCAACAACAACAGUAACAACAACAACAACAAAUAGAAAGCAUAACAAGCAAAAACAACAACAGCAACAUAAACAUAACCAUCGUCAUCAUCAGCAAGAGGAUAUUGAUGAGCCAGUGUUAAGUCCUGAAGAUAAGGAGAACUUUUGUCGUGCUAUUGGUGUAAUACCCAAUGAUAGUUUAAAUAAUUCCAAUAAUAACAGCAACAAUCAAAACGAUUUAGAUUUAAAUCAAUCCGGUUCAGUGGCGGGAAUUACCAACGACGUUGGUGUCCUUAGCGCUGGUGAUCUAUUACAAUCAACCAUAAAAAGAGAAAAAGAUCAUCAUCGCAUACAUGAUAUGGCUCCAACGACAAAUAUGAAAUUGCCCGGACGUCAGACAAAUAACUCUCUAUCAUCGUUAACGGGUAAUAUAUUCAUACCGACCGCCCUGCAAGAUAAUUCAACCACAUCUACAGCCACAAAUACGACAACGGCAACAACAACAAGCGGAGCAUCAUCAUCAUCUACCUCGAAGGAAUCUAACAAAGCGAAAAGUUCAUUGUCUUCCAAUAUGGCAAAUAAAAAGCAAAAAAACUCAUCCGCAACAGCGGAUAAAUCCUUAACAAAUCAGUCGGGCUGUAGUGGCAACAGCAGCGGCAGCAAACGCAAAUCAAAUAGCACCGCCUCAACCGUAGAUGGAUUACGACAAGAUCUGUCACAACAUUCGGAUGAAAAUGUAAUUAGUAUCAAACGGCAAUGUGCACUGCAACACGAACAAAGAAAGCGACAUCAACCAAAAGAAUAUUAUGAUGCCAACACCAACACCGUCACUACCACCACCACCACCACUACCGCCACCGCCACCGCCACUGCCACUGCCACUACCACUAUCACUACUACAGUCACGAAUAGUUGUCAUUACAAUCAACAUUAUCAACGACAAUUGUGCAGUAGUAGUAGCUAUGUGCAGUGUGGUCGAAUAACAUCGCCAUGUAAAGUAGCAACAACAGAAGCAGCGAUUCCACCAAGCAAACGUUACUUAAAACAUAAUACUAAUAAUUACAGUAGCACUACUACUACCCUCAUCAAUAAUAACAAUAACAAUAAUAGUAACAAUAAUAAUAAUAAUAAUAAUAAUAAUAAUAAUAAUAAUAAUAAUAAGUCCCAUUCAUCAUCCAUUUCCACUUCAUCCAUAAUUAAUGCAAAAUUUUCUCAUAUUAAUACAAAUGCACACACUUCCCAUUACUAUCAACAUAAUCAUCACAAUCCAAAUUCCUCAUCAUUAUCAUUAUCUACAAAUGCGACAUCAUCGUCAUCGUAUGUACAUAAAAUGACUUCCCUGUGUAGUACACAUCAACAACAACAACGUUCACAAUACUACAACAAUUAUUGUACAAACAAAAAAUCCAUCACAUCAAAUAUUCUUAGCUUUACUGAAACGGAUGAGAUCUUACAAAUUGGUAUGCAUAAGGUGUUGGUCUAUGUAAAAAAUCAUCGUGACGCUUGGCCAUUUAUGGAUCCGGUUGAAGAAGAUAUAGCUCCCAGAUAUUAUUCAAUUAUCCGAAGACCAAUGGAUCUUUUAAAAAUGGAAGAUAAACUUGAUAACGGUGAAUAUCAAAAAUUCAGCGAUUUUCGUAAUGAUUUCAAGCUCAUAGUUAACAAUUGCCGUCUUUAUAACGGCAAUAAUAAUGAAUAUACUGAAAUGGUUAAUAAUUUGCAAGAAGCAUUCGAUAAAGCCACUAAAAAAUAUUUUGAUCAUCUAUCUGAUGAUGAUGAGGAUGAUCCUGGCUUAAGUUAUCCAGCAUCUGAUUCGAAAAUGAAUGUGUUUCGUGAAAAAUACUUUAGCAAGAAGAACAAAGAUAAGGAGAACUCGGAGUUAGGUACAGCUAGAAAAUCAUUGGGCAAAAGUCAAGACCGCAAAAAACACACACGUAAGGAAAAACUGCAAGAAACUGAAAGUGAGGAGGAAGAAUUUAAGGCUGUGCGCGAUAUGCGCUCAAUAAAAGAAUCAGUUAUAGAUGAUAAAACGGAAGAAGAAUUAACAGAAAGUUCGCCAAAAAUUAAUAAAAGAAAACGAAAAGAAAAGGAUAAAAGACGUAAAAAGAAAUCACGUAAUCGAAAAGAGGAAAAGUAUAGCGAUCAAGAAGCAGAUAAAUUACAAAAUGAAGAACCGCCACCAGAUGAAAAUGACGAAGGCGAGGACUACGAAGAAAGUAGAACAUCUUCAAGAAAAGGAAGAAACUCUAAGGAGUCUUCUUCGCGAAAAAAUCGAAAGCCUAGAAAUGAUAAGAAAUCCUCAAGAUCUAAUAAUAAAAUUGAUGCAAAGUCAAGAAAGUCAGUAAAGAAGUCAAAUAAAAGUAAACAAAAGGAAGAAGAAGAUAUGUUAGAAUAUUCCGAUGAAGAUGAUUGUGUUAGCGUACAGAAUGACCUUGAUGCUAAUGACAUCAAAACAAACCGAAGCUUUGAACUGAAAUCGUCAAAAAAAACUAAAUUAAAGCAAAGUACAUCAACAAACCAAAAAAGAGCGAAAACUGCAGGAAAAAAGAAAAAGGACAAUUCUUCAGCAAUCAGAAAGUCGAAGGGGCGGACUAAACCGUCUUCUAUUCGAUUGAAAAGAACAAAGACUGAACCGUGCGAGUCAGAAGAGGUGAGUUCUUUAGAUGGUAAUGAACGGGAUAAAACGGAAGAACUUCAAGAAUGUCCGCCCACUUCACCACCGCCGCUACCGCCGCCUCCACUUAAAAAAAGACCAAGUUUGCCAUUAAGUAAAGACUUUCCACCUCCCGCUGUGGCUGCUUUAGAAGCUUCCGCAUCGGAACUAGAAGAAGACAUAAAUGAUGAUGACUCGCGUAGCAUGUCACCAUUUAAAGUGGAUUUGCAUAAAAAAUACUCAAAAAGUGUCCUUAAUGACGAUCUCUCUGAUCUAUUAUCGCCUGUGCAGAAGAUGCCAAGUCCUAGAGCAUCCAGUCCGAGCUGUAAAAUAAAGCCUUCAGAAACAGACGAGGAUGACUUUAAGUCAGUGUCUAGUCACAGCUCUUCGCAAUCUAGAGAGGCCAGUGUAGAGCGUCCUAAAAGGAAACAAUCCCCCAAAACGGGUAAAAAUUCCAAACGAAGUAACGAAACAAAACGCAAAUUGUCGACAUCUAAUUUGAAUUCGUGCGACAAAAAGAAAGCAGACCCAGAAAAAGAUGCUGCGGUAGCAGCUGCGGCUGCUGAACAAGCCGAGUUAGACAUGCUGUUGCCUUUUUUAGAUAAAUACGAACUAAUUAAAUAUAGACGAAGUCGCGCUUUAUUGAAUCAACAACAAAAUGCGAUAGCAACUACCGAAUCUAAAUCAUCUACACAAAGACAGCAAAGCUCUCGUAAACGUGAUUCUAACAAGAAUAUUGAAACGGAAAAAAAUGUAGAAAAGUCGACUACAGAAAACACGCGUGGACGUAAAUCUAAAGACGGAUCAAAGAAAGCAAAAAAGGUUUUAGAAAAUUCAGUCACUGAAAAAUUCAGCGAUUCUGCAAAAACUCCGGAAAAAGCAAUAGAAGCAAAAAUUGAUUCUAAUAGGACGAGUAGUAUUGCAAAAGUGGAAAGUCCCAAAGAGCAACAGUUAUCAAGUGAAGAUUUAUUAAGUGAAACUCAAUCAAUUAAAGAAAGGAAAAACAUAAGCAUGGAUAAAUUGCCACCUAAGAAGAAAGAGAAGCUGAAAGCCAUAUUAAAUGAAAGAGAGGCUGAAUUCUGUGAGCCAUCCAAAUUGGAGGAAGAAGAACAGAAGAAAACGGUAGCGCCGCCGCCUCCCAAGAAGUCUUUGCAAAAAAAGGCUGCUGUCUCAGUAACGGCUAAUAAGAAAAUCACUAAUAAAGGGAAUGCAGCGACGAGCUUUAAUAAGCCUUCUGCUUCGUCAACAAAUUUAGAAGCCUUGGAUGUAGAGACCGAGCAAACCUUGAAAGACAUUAAUCGUUGGCUGGAACAUACUCCACGGUUUUCCGAAUUUUCCUCAGCCAGUAAUUCGCCUUCACGCUAUAAUCUGUUAGAUGAUUUUGAUGCUUCUAUAACCAGCAAAUUAGACGCUUCUGAUUUUCGGCGUAACGAACCCAUAGCUCCCGCGAAAGUCGAUUUGGUACCCGUCAAAUUGGCUGAGGCGUUAGAUGAGCUUGUAACAGAUAAUAAUUCAUCUAGUGACACUACAUUGCCAAAGAAAGAUAUAGCCGACUUGUUGCCAGGAACUACUAGCAGAUUGAGUUCGAUAAGUAACACGCCACCUCAUUCGGUGACUUCCGGUAAUUCUGUGGGUAGUACUACUGUAAAUGCUUCUUCAAAUAGCUCUUCUGUGAACGCACCUUCUAUAGCUUCUUUAUCAUCAGCUGCUGCAGCAGCAAAUACUCCUUUGCUAAUUCCGCCCCCAACAACUGUGCCCCCCACAUUAACUACGAUUACCGCACCCAAACCAAAGGAAACACAAUUGCUCUUACAUCCUCCUCCUCCACCUCAUAUUAAACAACAAAUGGCUAAAGAAGCUAAACGUAAAUCUCUCAAGGAAAAAUUGCAAGCAGCCACAAAUCCCCGACGUAAGGAUCUUUUGCGAACUAUAGAUCGUUUACAACCUGGCAAAGCUAAAGGUAAUUUGAUACAGAAUGUUAAUAAACCAGAAGAAUUAUUUCAAUUGGGACCAGUAGCUGCUAAAGCUAAGGAGGUUAAAAACUCAUUGAUCGUUGAAACAGCUGAUAAUGUUCCCAAACUAAGUCUUGGUACAGUAAUAAAGACGGAUAAUUUCGGCUUAGGGCAGUCGUCUUUUAUUGACGAAUUGGCCAGUAAGACUGUAAAUAAGGCCGCUGUAAGCCCUGUUUUAUCCACCUGCGCAGAUAAAGAAGUAGAAGAAAAACUCAAAAAUAAGAGCGAAAUUGUUCUAGAGGGUUUGCUGCCCUUUCCUAAAGUAACAAUAUUAGCAGCGACAACGUCUUUGCUACCUAACGAAGACGGUAUAGAAACGCAAACAGAAGACACCACAGAAGCCAAAGAUAAACAAAGACCUUUUGAAGCUUUGCUAACAGCUAAGACUUUACUUGUAGGUGGCAAAUCAACGGCUACGGAAAAUAUAGUCGCGGGCUCAAGUUCUAGCUCUUCGGGCUCUAAAGAAAAACCAAAUUUGAGUGUGUGGCUUAAAGCGUUUGGAGCUCCCAAAAAGACGAAGAAGUCAGAUGAAGACGAGGCAAAACAGCAGGAUGCAAAUGAAAACUCUUCGAACAAAUCAAAUGAAGGCACUUCCCAGGGAUCAGGAACUACUACCGGGGCUGUUGCGGGUAAAAGUCCCCCAUCAGCCUCUUUAAUAGGGGAGGGUUUCUCUCUGCCUUCUGCUCCUCGCCAACGUAAAGCUAGUACAGGCAGUACUAUUUCAGAACGAUCAAGCUUUAGUCAGGAUCCCGAUUCUCCAAGAAUUACUAUAGAAGAUCGUUACGGCACGUACGGAGGAGGCGCUUACACUUCACCAAUAGGUGCUUCACCUAUAGGAGCUUCACCCAUAAUGGUGUCACCCAAACCAGAUGAAAAUACUAAACCCACUUCGCCCUAUCCUUUAAACGGAGCUAUAAAAGUUGGUUUUUAUCAGGAUACUACAACCAAAAGUAGUCCUGAUAAAAGUUGCAGCCCCAGAGAGAUGCCCUCACCGUAUCCGCAGUACUCGCAGCAUAUUUAUUCUUCAGCUUCAUCACCUAAUGUUUCUACACCCGAACUAAGUGGUACUUCUCCUUAUGGAGGAGCCAAUAGUUACAAUCCUUCAGGCUCGGAAGCUUCGAAAACCCCAGUGUAUUCUUCUACUUCGCCUCUGCCAAAUCUCUACGAUCAAUAUAAGCAGCCCAGAUCUCAAGAGUCAGAUUAUAAUUCGUCAAUGAGUCCUAGUACACCUAAUCCACACUCGCCUUACCAACAGCCACAAAAUUCUCCCUACACGACGCCACAACCUCAUCAAUCACCGUAUCAUCCGCCAAAUUCACCAUAUCAACAAACACAACAAUCUCCUUAUCCUCCUCCAGCGCAGUCACACAGUCCUGUACAUACGCCGCAAAGUAGCAUGCAUUCUCCUCUCCAUCAGCAGCAGCAUAGUCCCUUGCCUAGUAUAGGUUCACCGGCCUCUUCGGCUACCACUCAACCUCCUACACCUUUAGCUCAUUCACCAGUUGACCAGCAGCAACAACAACAAAAUUCUCCAUAUCAACAACCAGUCUUAUCACCUUAUCAACAACAACAGCCCCAGCCCUCCCAACAGCAACAAACUCACAGUACGGCUAAUGUAACAGCAUCGCCCCAACCUCCAACUUAUGUUUCCUCCACAAGUAUUUAUACAUCUCAACAAACUAUAGGAAAUUCUUUGGUAUAUAGUGGACAGCAAACCCCCCAAAUGAAUAGAGAGACUCACAAGCAUUCUAGCGCCGAACAUCAUCAGCAGCAAAUUUAUCAGAACGAAAUGGAAGGCACUUCAGCAGCAGGACAAAAUGCUGCAACAGUUUUAUCCUCCAAUGCUUAUGUUCCACCAACUGCUGCAGUGUCAACCGCACAUUUGCAACAACAGCAAAGGCAAACAGAACCUACUGCCAAUAUUCUAUACAACAAUUCCAUAAAUACGAUAAACAAAAGUCGCGUAGCAGGUAGUAAUAAAGUGCACGAUUGGCGCGAAAAUUCUUCAUCUUCUUCUUCUUCUUCUGCGAUAAGUUGUCAACAACAACAGACUACCGCUGCUAAUAGUCAACAACAAGUGAAUAUUCUCGGCCACCAUACACAGCAACAGCAGCAGCAAUCACUAAUACAGAAACCUCAGUAUCCAACAUAUGCACAAUAUCAAGCAGCUACAGUGCCUGGGGUUAAUAAAGCAGUCGUCUCAGUCCCUGGUAGCGCAACUAACGAUCUGCAGGCUGAAAAUGUAAAAAAGCAAACUAGUGCGGCGGGGACCGUUAAUGCCACUUACAUCGGAGAUGCUGCUGUUGAUACUGCCUCUACAUCAGCGCCCGAUGAUGGUAACGGUGAAAUGUCUGUUUUUAUGCAACAUUUGCAACAUCAACAACAACCACAACAAAUUCAAAAGAGCAUUAUAGCUGUCGAAUCACCUAGUAGUACUCAAAAUAAUCAAAAUUCUUUAAAACGAUCUGCGACAGACGAUUUGCUAGGAAUGGAUUAUAGUGGAGGAACGACGCGGAAGAUGCAGAAAUCGGACGAUGAUGCAAUUAUUGUCGCUAAUCAGCAACAGGCUCAAUCAAGUCAACAACAGGCUCAACCAACACUGGCAGCUGCUUUAAUGGGUCAUCAGCAGACACAACAACAGCAGCCCUCCCAACAAUCACAACCACAACAACAGCAAUUCAGCAAAUACUCGCAGAUGUUUGAUAGCAUUUUGGGUUCAAUGGCGUUUAGUAAACAUUUGGGCAAUAUUGCGAGCGAUAAAGCUUUUUUGUACAAUCAUGCUGCUUCUUUGGGAUUUCCGAAAGACUACACUAAGGAUACGCAAAAUUUUCAAAUGUCGCAGCAGCAGUCAGAGCAAGCGAAAGGUAUGAUACAGCAGCAAGAUCAAAAUAAGCACGUUGCCAAUGCUUUGAUGCACACCAACCCAGAAACCCAACAACAACAACAACAGCAACAGUCACAUUUACAUCAGCAACAACAGAACAAUCAAAGUGUACAACAACAGCAACAUAAAUCUAGCAUAAAUUAUAAUAAUAGCAGCAGUGACUUAAUUCAACAGCAGCAACAACAACAACAACCGCAAAAGUCCAGUGAAACUUUGCAUAAGCCCUUAAAUAUGUCGAACAGCGAUAACACAUACAUGGCCCAUCAGCAACAACAACAACAUCAGCAACAGCAACAGCAGCAGCAGCAGCAGCAACAACAACAACAGCAGCAUAAUGUACAUCAUCAGCAACAACAUUCAAUUUAUCAAGCUAAUAAACUUACACAGCAACAGCAAUCAAUGCAACAUAAUUACGGUCAUCAACAACAACAACAACAACAACAACAUCAACAUCAAUCACAACAGCAUUCCUCAACUACAGAAAAAACUUCCACAGGCGCUACAAACAUGGCCAUUACUCACGAUACUCCUGCGAACAACAACACUAGUACUACUUCUUCUAAUGGUGGUAACAAUAGUAAUAACAGCACUUUAUUGAAUGCUUUAAACAGCUCGCAUCAUUUAACACAUUCACAUCAUUUGGCUGCCUACAAUAAACCAACACCGCCACCGCCGUCAUCCACACAAACCUAUAAUAAUCCCACCAGUUCAUUAUUGCAUCCCCUGGGUGAUCCAUCAAUGUUGGGUUUAUCAAGUACAUCUACAUCAUCAUCAUCGUCGAGCAAUUUUUAUGACAAAUCAGUACCACCAGUAGCACAUAUGUACAGUUCUACAGCGAGCUCGAUGGCUAAGAGCUUAACGGCUUCCCCAGCGACGCAACUAUAUACAAACCCUUUAAAUGGAUCGGCGAAUUCUUCCGCUGCGGGUGCGAGCAUAUAUGGGAAUCCGCAUCAAAUGCCCACUGCCAGUGGUAAUUAUUUCCAUAGCUUGACAGGUAACAUGCAGCAACAACAACAGGCGCAACAAAGCGCAACGGAGGUAAAACCGGCAGCUCCAGCUCCGGCAAAACGAGGGCGAAAAAAGAAGGCAUCUACUAUAGCGGCUGAACAGGCAGCCGCUGCUGUCAAACAACAACAACAGCAGCAACAACAGCAACAACAACUGCAACAACAGCAACAACAACAAACGCACCAUCAUCAACAACAGCAACAGCAAAAUCUUCACACUUCUUCUUCGUAUAACAACCCCGCCUCCAAUAUAACGCAAAACGUGGUGGCUGCUAAUGUAUCAGCCGCUCAUCAUUUGCAGGCUCAUGCUCAAGUUUUACAACAGGGCUUCCAAUUAUAUGCUGGCCUCAAGUCUACCGGCGUCAGUUCGCCUCUUUCGACUUCAAAUUCAUCCGCCGCUACAGCCGGCUCAGUUGCCUCUAGCGGCAACACCGCUAAUUCAGCAGUCACGUCAUCAACAGCCUCAGCGCCGCCGGCGGUAGAUGCGGCGACGGCUAUUUCUCUUAAGACGGCUGCGGGCAUGGUCCCAGGCAGCGCUUUUAAUUUUGGUCCUAGUGCUGGCAGUCUAGGAUUGUAUGGCGAUCAAACGGGGAGUAAUAGUUAUUUGGACCAGUUUCGGGACGCAUCCAAUUCAUAUUACAUGCCACCAGCACCAGCUCAUCGCAGCAGUUCAACGGCAAGCGAUAACGCUAACUCAGCAGUAGCGGUUGCAGCAGCCGUCAUGGAUAAAACACAAACAACAUUAAAUCCGGCAGCAGCUGCUGCGGCUGCUGCUACAAAUCCUUAUAGUCUAUUCGCUGCUCAUCCCUCGACCCGCGCAACCCCGUACACUUUCAUGAAUACUGCUUCUCAGCUAGACGCAGCCAACACACAAUUAUAUCAGCAAUAUUUUCGCCGUGACGACUUCCAUUCACGUAUGAUAUUUAACCAAAGUUUGCUAGGUGGCCCGGCGGGCGCAGCAGCUGCUGCUGCAGCAGCUACUUAUGCACAACCACCGCCACCGACUGCUUAUCGAGCUCCAUCGUUAGGUUUGCCCAAACCAUAUGACGCCGCCAAUCCUCGUUCAUGGUUCUAGCAGUGCGCUACUCAAAACGAGUCACAAGUAAAUGAUGAGUCAACUUCGAGUGAGCACCAGAUAAAUGGAAGCACUUUAAUGUCGUCAACUGAAACACAGGAACAUCAACAGCGAUUGCAGUUGUAAUAAUGUGGGUGCGCAUUGCAGAUUGUAGAUUAGUAUUUAAAGUCGAAUGUUUUAUUUAUUAUUUUUUUUUUUUAAUAUUUUUCUUUUUAAUUAAGUUCAUUAUAAAAACUGCAAAGAAUAUGCCCAUGAUAUAGAAAAUUUUCUGUUUAUUUCCUUCGCAAAUACAGACAUUAAAU